GCGGUUGAAGGCGAGGCGGCAAGCCAGGCAGCGGGAGGAGGGAGAGCGGGCGGGGUUGUCGGAGCAGCGAUGGGGGCUUCAUGGUCGCCGGAACAGCAGGAUGUUGCAGCUGCAGCGGCACUGCUGCUGCAAGAAACUGUACGGCAACGUCAAGCAGCCACCUCCUCCUCCUCCUCCUCACACCCUGAAGUAGCAGCCCCGACAACCACAACAGCUGCAACCAUGCAACCAGCUGCAUCACAAGAGAGCGAGUUCGGCCGGGCGGCUGCCCCUGCCAUGACAGCGAACGGCCCCGUCACUGCUACCUACACCGCCAACGGCGAUGUCCGCAGCAUGACACCCAGCUGGGCCCCCCUUGACGGCAGCAGGGUCAACAAUCUGGGCAUCCCUCCUUCCACCACUGAUCCCACUGCAAACCCUAGCACUGCAGAUGCUGUUGCUGCAAACUCUCCCACCGCAGACUCUCUCACCGCAGAUGCGGUCGCUGCAGAUGCUAUCGACACCCGACACACUGCUGACAGCGUCACGGGUGCUCCCACGCCGCCACCGCCGCUGACCCCCCUCCAGUCCGCCGCCCUCCGUCUGCUCCCCGCCAUGCGACCGGCGGACGCCCUUACCACCCUCUCAGCGGUCCGCACGUUGGGGUGCCUCCCCACCGAUGAGGCUCCGGAACCCCAGCUCAGGGCUGCGGGAGUGGGCCUUAUGCGUCGUACGAGUGAGUUGUCGGAUCUUGGGUUGCUGCGGGGGCUUUCUCUGGCAGCUUGGCUUAGCAGCCGCUGCAGUGGUGGCGAAGGAGGAGGAGGAGGAGAGAAGGAUGUGUGGGCGCGCAAGUCGAGUAUCGCUCCGUCGCCUGUUGCAUGGGCGCUAGCUGAUGAGCUAGCGGAGCGAGUACGACAGAGGCAGAAGGCAGCGGCGGCAGUCACGGCAGUGACGGCGGCGGCGCGUGCACAUGUACCACACGAUGUGGCCGAGCCUGGCGUCACCGCCGCCGCCGCCGCCAGCAACGCCGCCAGCAUAAGCUGCAGCAGCCUUGAUUCCUGUCCGGUCGCUAUCGAGGCGCUGAGGACGCUGGCGGCGGCGGGCAUGCGGCAUCAGGGGUUGGUGCUGGCGGUGCUUGGGGUGACGGAGGCGGCCGCCGCGGAACCGCAUGCAGCGGC